AUGCGCCCCCUUUGGGCAGCCUGGGAGAUCGAGUGUUGCCUGGGACAGAUGAGGCUCUGAUAUCCCAGAAAGCUUAUAUCAAGGCCUGAGAGUUAAAGAAUCGCCAAAGCCUGAUCCAUCAGUCUGCCCUUGAGAAUUAGCAUAUUGUGCUAGGCCUUUCGUACCUUAGCUCCCCUGCUCGGGCAAUCGUAUAUUUUCAUUGUGAAAGCUAUCAAGAACAGUCAGAUUUCUUGACAACCUGUGACAAAUUUGAGACCAAGAUGGUAUCAACCCUCAAGAACGAAUUAGUGGCUGCCUUGGACCGCUAUGAAUGGCCCCGCGGGCAACAUGGCUUUUAUAUACCUAUCGAUUAUCUGGAAAAAUAUGUCACAGUCGAAGCUGUCUCUGCCCAGCUGUUGACGGAUUGUCCCCUUUUGGAGCCGCAGAAGGUUGCUGAUUAUGCUGAGACUAUUCGUGCUAAAGCGCAAAAGCUCUACACUAUUCUCCUUUGCAUGGAUAAGGGCCAUUGCAUCGCCGACUUUCUUGACGGAGGCAUUAGCGACAUAAAUCUCCCCUUCCUGAGAUCGGAUCAUGGAACUGCAGCUUCUAUCCAAACCCCCGGUACGAAGCAUGAGCUGUGCGCAUCCAAUCAUUUCACUACUUGUGAGAAGCAUGAGCAUACUGGCUGCGGGAUCAAGGCUCUAGAAUCGUGGCAGUCUCAUGCGAUCCGCGCCCUGAGUCGCGACCAAUGGCAAGUCUUGGUCCCCAUCUUCGAGCCUUUGCAAGAUGGCAAGAUUCCACAUUACGAAUUCGACAUGAAUACCAUCUUUCCAUACGUCGAAGAUCAUCAAGCUGUCAACGACUCUUAUGUCAAGAGCGGAGGCUACAGUCGUGUUUGGGGCGUUCGGAUGCAUUGGGCGCACCAGAAAAUCUACAAGUCGACAGAUCCAAACGUCAGUGAACCUCUGCUCGCCAUCAAACGUCCUUUCUCGCGUGAUAUACGAGACUUCAAGAAAGAAGCGAAUAUGCUCAGUACCUUGGCUCUCCGGCAGCAUCCAUACCUCGUAAAACUCCUUGCUACCUACAAGUAUAAGGGCGAUUACCAUUUUGUAUUUCCUUAUGCCAACACUAACCUGCGCGGAUACUGGGACGAUACUAGACUGCCCUACCGAAAUAGGGACACAUAUAUGUGGGGUUUGAAUCAGCUAUGUGGUAUUACCUCGGGUAUCAAUGCGAUCCAUAACUUCAAAGCAACAGAAUAUCCACUCGAGAGCGCAGAAGCUGCACCGAAUCUUCCAGGUCUUAAUGUCUCGGUAGGGAAGUACCUAACUGUGGCACACGAGGAACAAAAGUACGGCCGCCAUGGCGAUAUCAAGCCAGAGAAUAUCCUUUGGUCGAACGAGUUAUCUGGGUCAGGGAACGAGGGCAUAUUGCAACUGACAGACAUGGGCUUGGGAAGAUUCCAUCGACUAGAGUCCAGAUCUGGCAUUGACGCAACAGGUCUCAGCGGUUCACCCACAUAUGCACCCCCCGAGGUGUGCUUGGAGAAGAAAAUUUCCAGGUCUUACGAUAUGUGGAGCCUUGGAUGUGUCUUCAUGGAAUUCGUUACUUGGCUAGUUGAAGGCAAGGAACAAAUCUACCAGUUUGCAAGCGCGCGCAAUCUAUUAGUCGGGGAGGAUACCUACGAUGAUCUUUACUACACAAUCAUCACUCAAGACAAUGGCUCAAAGCAUGCAGUUGUUCGACAAAGUGUUAUCGACUGGUUCAAGCAUCUCAAAGAACAGGCAAGGUGCUCUGACAUGCUGAAAGAUGUGCUGGACGUGGUGGAGACUGGCAUGCUUGUCAUCAACUCGGAGGAUCGAAAGAAAUGCUAUGACGUGGUGAAGGAACUCGAAAAGAUCAUUUCGAAGGCACAGACAAGUGAUUCAUAUCUGCUUGGAGAUAUGCCGAUCACUGAUCCAGAAUCCGGAGUCAAGCUCCCAAUGGGAGCCAACACUCGAUACGCGCCUAAUUCAACGCCCAAGCCGAAGGCUGUUGGCGAAGCGACUUCUCAAAUUCUUCUAGAGGAUCUCCCGGGAAUCGUUGUAUCAGCUCAUGAACUGGAAGGUAACAACGUGACUCACGGUGAACCUUCCGGAGGUUCAAAUACUCACGCGUCCAGUCAUGUUCGUCAGGAUUUGAGCCGGACCACGUCAUACCCAGGCACUACACUUCCAAUCAUGUCCAGCCCAUUGCACCAGAAGCUGCAAUAAUGCAUCGUGUACUUGCAAUUGUUAUCUUUUCAAUAUAUGCACUGUUAGCUUCGUUUUUAUUUUUGUGUGGUGUUACUUUGAUGAUUUGGUGUGGUCUCGCCACAUGAAGCUCUAUCCUUGUCUAGCCAUUUUUAGGUCCCAUUUUGACGGGUUAUAC